AUGUGAAGAAAUGGGUGCGUGUGGAUGUGUUUUAUGGAAUUUUUUCCCCAGGUGUUUAUUAAGAAGUGGGAGAUUGCAUAUGGCUUAUUUAGAAAGUCAGGUGUGGCCUCCAUCUGGUACUAAGUUCUGGGCCACCUGCUGCACAGUGGGUGCCCACCCCUUCCUCCCCGUGGACUGUCUGCAGGAGCGAGCCAGGGGGCAUCUCAGGGCCUGCUGUGGCUCACUGGACCCCCUCCUUAAGUCCUCACCCAAAUGGGACCGUGCCCACCUCCACAUCCAUUUCUGUCCCAGAUUCAGAGAGGUGCAGGCACCGGCCUGAUGAAGCGGCCAGGGAGUGGCAGUGCCGUAAGCUGACCCCCAGUCCUUGCCCCCCCUUAACCUCCCCUGAACGUGAGGGUCGGUGAGUCACCUUUGCGUGCUUCCAGUCCCUGCGACCUCCGUAGCCAGAGGCAGCCUGGGGGACGUCUCGGCCGCGAGAGCCGUGGUACCUACAACCAUCCCCGGAGCUAAGGCAGGUCAUCUUAAACGUCCCGAAUCUUUGCCAUUACCUGAUGCUGCUGAUAAAACCAGGAUGGCUUUAAACUCAGGGUCACCGCCAGGAGUUGGACCUUACUACGAAAACCAUGGAUACCAGCCUGAAAGCCUCUAUCCCCUGCGGCCCGCCACGGUCCCCAGCGCCUACCCGGUGUAUCCGGUCCCGUACUACCCAUCCGAGGGGCCCCAGUCCACCCCAAGGGUGCUGACGCACACUUCGACACCCACCAUCCGCGUGCAGCCCAAGUCCCCAUCGGGGACGGUGUGCACUGCAAAGGCCAAGAAAGUGCUGUGCAUCACGGUUGCCCUGGGGGCCGUCCUGGCAGGAGCCGUGGUGGCCGCCGUCCUGCUCUGGAAGUUCAUGGAGAACAAAUGCUUGGUGGCCGGGGUAGAGUGCGGCUCCUCGGGAACCUGCAUCAGCCCCUCUCACUGGUGCGACGGGAUCCUGCACUGCCCCAGCGGGGAGGACGAGAACCGAUGCGGUUUCUCCUAA